ACAAAGAACUAUCAACAACUUUUGCCGGCUUUUCUAAGCAAAAUUUUUACAAUUUUCACAGAAAUUCGAGCUGCAACGCUCCAAAAAUGAGUGCCAAGACAGAAAACGUGAGCCCAUUGAAUGAGGAACGCACGGGAAAUGUACGAGAAGUUGGUUCAGAAGCAGUUUGGAGUCUUUCGAGUUGCAAACCAGGAUUUGGCGUUGAACAACUCCGCGACAAUUCUACAGAGACUUAUUGGCAAUCUGAUGGACAAUUACCACAUUUGAUCAACAUCCAAUUCCCACGAAAGACAACCGUCAGUCACAUUUAUCUCUUUUCUGACUACAAACUCGACGAAAGUUACACUCCGAGUCGGAUUUCCAUCCGUUCAGGCACACAUUUUAACGAUUUGCAGGAAAUUGAGGUUGUGGAUUUGUGCGAACCAAGCGGAUGGGUCUGUAUUGCGGUGAAAGAUGUGCGAGAGAAGCCAAUUCGGACAUUUAUGUUACAAAUUGCGAUCAUCAGCAACCAUCAAAAUGGUCGAGACAGUCACUGUCGUCAAGUACGGAUUCACAGUCCAGCUGAAGGACGAAGAUAUCCGCUGGAAAUGUUUGGAGAAUUCUCGACUGUUGAUUUUCAGGCCUACAGUACUAUUCGUUAGAGCUUAAGUAACCAAGAUCUGUUAAGAAUUAGAUUAAAAAGUAGUUUUAAGUCGUUUUUUUUAUACAAAAAAGAAACUUUUUUCAUCAAAAAGUUGAAUUUCGAUAGAAUUCAGACAAAAAUCAACAG